UUGGAGGGGACUCAUCCGCCUAGACAGCAGCGAGCAGCCGUUGGUCGUGCGCUUUCGGUACGAUCAGUCGCGUUCGGCCGCUUGCGGUAAAGCGUCAGGUUACAAGUAUUGGACGCAGCGCGUGAAUCCGUCUCACAGUCUAAGAUUCUCUCGAUCGGUUGACUAGUUAACUGGCCUGCACAGUGCUUUAGGAGAUCCUCGAGCGAGAUCCUCGGACAGUGUUCGUUGUGCGGUUUUCUAUAUUGUGAUUGGAUUUUAUUCGUCUGCAAUAUACAUUGGAAUAUACGAGAUAUUGAUAGACAGGUAAUCGGAACUCGAGUCAUCGUUUUCGAACUGGCUUGGUUCGAAGAGAAUUGACUUGGGGAUUGAGAAGUGCGAGACUUUUUCGAGACGUCUAUAUGUUUCGUCUGUGACGGAAAGAGGAAACUAUUUUACUUUUUCGUUCGCGAUCGUUUUUCGUCUUAGUUUUCGUCUUAGUGUUCGCAUCGGAAAGAGACAAUUAAUCGCGAGCGCUUAAUACAUCGCGGAUACAUAGUAGCAGCGCGAGAGGUCAGAAGGAAGGGCAUAUAUACAUACAGGUGCUCGUGUGUCUGUACACAUAUACUUGUAUUCGUUGGAAGAGUAAGUUAGUAGGCAACGACGUGACAAAAACACGUCUAAAACUGAUUCGAUCGAGGUAGCGCGCAAUCUGUAUUAGAACGCGUGUGUCUAUCUUGAAUUUAUCCGAUUCGUCAUUGAUUGAUUAGGACAAAAGUAAGUUUAGGCAACGAGGUGACAAAUACACCGGCUGUCUAGAACUGAUCUUGAUAGAAGGUGAUAGUGCGCAACCUCCUACUGGAACGCGUGUGUCUAUCAUCCAUCAUCGUCUUGAGUUGGCCGAAUCACCCCAGCCGUUCUACUAUUCCUCGUGGUACAGCAAUAAUAUCGUUUCCCGCGCGCAGUGCGGAUUGGCUGGUAGCUGUAACCUCGAGAAGCGAGAGGAGCAAGCCAACGCGCACCGUUUUACUCGCGCUAGCGCCAUCAGGCAGAGAGAAGCAGAGAGGAGCAGAGGUGAACGGAAGAGCGGCAGCGGAAUCAGCAGCAGCAGCGGUAGCCUUGCUAUAACGGAGGGCAGCAGCGUGAACACGCCGAGGAGAGAGGGAAAAAGAAAGAGCGAGAGCGAGAGGGAAGAGGAGGUGGUUGUAGUCACCCGGCCGCCCGCCCGACCGACCGACCGACCGACCGACCGAGUUGUUUCAUUCAUAAAAAAGUUCUUUAUUACUCUCUGUGAGCGCAUGUGCUAUUCCACCACGGAGGAGGACCGAGUACUACUACUCCCCCGACCGGCUGUAGCGGCGUAACCACGUUUACACACGGCAUUAUUUACUACUGCGCGAGAUACGGAUCGGCAUCACACGCCGCACCGACAGCGUGGCGUACGGAUCAUUCUCUCUUUCUCUGUCUAUAACAGACGAAUUCUCUUUUAGAAAGAGAAUUCGUCUGUUUUCCUGGACGAUUCUGAAUUUGAUCGAGAGAUCGUUGCGAAAAGGAAGGAGGGAAGAGGAGAAAGAGCAGGGGGAGUUUCAUUCAGCGGUGAUCAUUUGUCGUCAUCCUCGCCGCGAAAAACUUCCGCCAAACUGGAUUCAUCCGAACUAAACUCCGCCGUGGACCUCACCCAAGAUUUGGGGCGAGGCACGGGUCAUAUUCAAAAUCGCCGAUUGAUGCGAGAUCGUCGGCAACAAUAUUCGGACAAGGACUCGCGACAUAAAAACAUUGACUUUUCAACGUCAUCCCAAGAUCUGCUAGGAUACGAAGGAAGGCAAGGAAACAGUUCGAAUAACAUCACACAAGGUAAUAAAUUAAAUUCAGUUAUGCCGCGUAACGAAGCACCGCAACGAUCAGCGGGAAAGCGUCCUUUAAGAGCGCUUACGCCGGAAGAAAAAUUAGAGGCCAUUAAGAGAGUCCACGAAGGUGAGUCGAAAGCGUCGGUAGCACGCGAUAUCGGAGUUCCAGAAUCCACUUUACGAGGGUGGUGUAAAGCGGAACACAAAAUUAUAAAUCAGGUUAAUAUGAAGAAUACUGGAGGCUUUGAAAAACUUACAUCAUCCUCGGAAAGCGAAGAGAAUAGAAGUACUCCAGGAUCAUCAUCGCGUCCUCCAUCUACGGGCAACUUGACUUCUGGACCAUCGACAUCAGGCGGCAAGGAACCAUCCGGUACCUUGGAGGAAAUCGAACCCUCUACGAAACGUAUGAAAGUGGAAAAUACCGAUAUACCAUCUACGAGCGAAUCGAUCAUAUCGUCAUAUUAUAGUCAAAGUAUGAUGAAUUAUAUAUAUGCUAUACUUAACCAAUCCACAUACAAAAAUACUUUUUUGGAACAUCAUCUAAUUGCCAACAAAGCUUUGUCUAAUACUCUUUUGGACAGUGCAUUUUCCUCAAGUAGCUAUUCCAUUAAUAAUACAGCGCUCGCAAGUGUAAUGAUGGGUAACACGAUGUCUAAUACGAUGAGCACACCAAAAGAUAUCAAUGGAAAGAAGAUGAAGCAUCGUGUAAACAUGUCCACGUCGAUGGGAAACACCUUUGCCAGGACCUCUUCGAAAAAACAGAGCUUAUCGCCGACUGGAAGAGAAAAUAAUUUAAUAUCUAUACCAUCAACAUCAUCAGGAAUCGUCAACGGUAAUCACGUCGGACCAACUAUGUCCAAGCCAUUGCAAGAUGGCAAACAUAUUAACGACAUUGCUAAACAAUUAUUACAUCAACAACAAAUAAAACAACAACAAUCAUUAAAUUGUGGUUCAGACUCACUAUCGCAGUGGACCAAUCAUUUUGAACCGACCACGCGGAAUAUUUUGGAUGAACGAUCCGUGCCAACCAACUCAGUCAACAACAAUAAUAAUAAUACCCAUAAAAAUAAUAAUCAGGUUGAAAAUCGCAAAGCGAACUCCACUCUUCCACCAGGAAUCCACGAAGCGGCCGAUCAUGGCCUCAAAUUUGUGACAUGGUUGAGAAAGUAUGGAUCCACUUUUACAUUUCAGCAGGUAAAACCAGUAGAAACCAUUGUUGAGCAAAUUGUUGCGCGAGUGAAAUCAAAAGAAAUCAAAUCGGACGAUAAAGCAAAUUCUAUGAGAUAGCUAAAGCAACGUAGAAAAAGAUUUGUGAAAUAAAAUAAUCGAAAAUAAGAUCUAAUAAUUAAAUAAAUUUUCUGUACUAUAAUCUUCAACAUUUGUAUAUUAGUCUAUAACUUCAUAUAUGAAUAUAUAUGUGUGUGUGUGUGUGUGUGUGUGUGUGUGUGUGUGUGUGUGUGUGUGUGUGUGUGUGUGUGUGUGUGUGUGUGUGUGUGUGUGU